AUGGCAGAGCAGCUAAUGACCUUGGCCUACGACAAUGGCAUCAACCUCUUCGAUACCGCAGAAGUCUACGCGGCGGGCAAGGCUGAAGUGGUGUUAGGAAACAUCAUCAAGAAGAAGGGCUGGAGACGAUCCAGCCUCGUCAUCACCACCAAGAUCUUCUGGGGAGGAAAAGCCGAGACGGAGAGGGGCCUUUCCAGGAAGCACAUAAUAGAAGGGCUGAAAGCCUCCCUGGAGCGGCUGCAGUUGGAGUACGUGGACGUGGUGUUUGCCAACCGCCCGGACCCCAACACGCCCAUGGAAGGGGAUCCAUUUAGUUCCUCCAAGUCAAGGACAUUCAUCAUAGAAGAGACAGUGCGCGCCAUGACCCACGUCAUUAACCAGGGGAUGGCCAUGUACUGGGGCACAUCGCGCUGGAGCUCCAUGGAGAUCAUGGAGGCCUACUCCGUUGCCCGGCAGUUCAACUUGAUCCCGCCCAUCUGCGAGCAGGCCGAGUACCACAUGUUCCAGCGCGAAAAGGUGGAGGUGCAGCUUCCCGAGCUCUUCCACAAGAUAGGAGUGGGCGCCAUGACCUGGUCCCCUCUGGCCUGCGGCAUCGUGUCUGGAAAGUACGACGGUGGCAUCCCGCCCUACUCGAGAGCCUCCUUGAAGGGCUACCAGUGGCUGAAGGACAAGAUCCUGAGUGAGGAGGGCCGGCGCCAGCAGGCCAAGCUGAAGGAGCUGCAGGCCAUCGCGGAGCGCCUGGGCUGCACCCUCCCCCAGCUGGCCAUAGCCUGGUGCCUGAGGAACGAGGGGGUCAGCUCCGUGCUCCUGGGCGCUUCCAGUGCAGACCAGCUGAUGGAGAAUAUUGGAGCAAUACAGGUCCUUCCAAAACUGUCGUCUUCCAUUAUCCACGAGAUCGAUAGCAUUUUGGGCAAUAAACCCUACAGCAAAAAGGACUACAGAUCCUAAGAAGCCCCCGGCCGUUUGCCUGGACGGUUUCCGUUUCCCUCCUAGCCUCUCUGUUAGCUCGCUUAAGCUAUUUUGAAGCCAAGUCAAGAGUGUGGUUUGCUUCAAAAACAAAACAACACACCAA